AUGUUCGCCGUUCUCACCCUCGUGCCGGCGGCACCGGCGGCGACUGAGCCGUGCACCUGUGCUUUGAAUUGGACGGACCCAGACAGCGGCCACGCUUGCAGCGAGCCGCAGUCCGGUUGCCCGCCGGUCGCGUGCGACGGACCGUACCCACCGUGGUGCGUCGUCGAGUCGCUGCCGUGCGCCGACCCUGACCCUGACUCAGGCAUCAACACUGGCUUGUACGGCGGAAAUUGGAUUCAUUGCGAGCCGGAGUAUUCGCCAACGCCGCCGAGUUAUCCGCCGCCGCCGCCCUUUGCAGUUGUGCGAAUCGGCGCCCUCUUGCCGAGGCAGCUGCCAAGCGGCGAGUUGAUGCACCUGGGUCGGGCAGAGGACCUGACGUCCGUGCUCAUGGCAAUCCAGGAGAUCAACAACAAGACAGACGGCGUGGCGGACGAUCUGCUUCCAAACACGCAGCUGCUUCUCUCCUACCGCGACUCGCGCUGCGACCCGGAUUUCGGCUUCGACGCAGCGUACGAGCUGCUACGUCGCGCCUUUGGUGGGGCGGGCGUUCACGCGCUUAUCGGUGCAUUCUGCUCGAGCGCGUCAAUCUCCGCUGCGAGGCUGUCGGCGCUGGCGGACACGCCGCAAGUCUCACAUGCGUCCACGAGCCCAGACCUGAGCGGCGACGACUUUCCCUUUUUCGCGCGGGUUAUCAGCUCCGACUCCCUCCUCUCGGUCGGGCUCGCCGAAACUACUCGAAACCUCCUCGGCAUCAAGCGCGUGGCCACCAUUGCGUGCACGGACGCAUACUGCACCGCCGGCAUGGCGGCUUUUGAGGCGGCUGCGUCUGCUCAAGGAAUCACCGUCCUCGAGUCUGUCCGCUUCGAAAACGGUCAGAGCAACUUCGGCGAGCCCCUCGCUGCUUUGCAUGCAUCUCGCGCGACCGUCUUUGUCGCCAUUGUUCAUUCACAGGACGCAGCUCGCCUUUUGGAGCAAGCCUUGGACCUUCGGCUCGUCGGCCCCAAGUACACUUGGGUCGGUGAGUACGGCAUGUUUGAGGCUGCCCGCGUGUUGGGUGAUCAUGGCGUAUUGGAACCUUUCCGCGGAAUGCUCGCGAUCACAAACUCAAUCGCGCCAAGCGUGGCGUACGACGGCUACGCCUCUCGCAAGCGCGCGCGCCCAUCCACGCUCGGCGACGGGACAAAUUGCGACCCGGCGGAGGACGACGAGGGGCACAAACUCUGGUCAGUUGAUACGGAUGAGAAUGCCAUGGCGCCACGCUGCUUCGGUGCCAACAAUCAGUUUCCCGAGAGCGUCUACGCCUCGAGAGCUUACGAUGCUGUGUACGCUGUGGCGCACGCAGUGCAAGCGCUGGUGGACGACCCGUUGGUUCAGCGUAUCGACGGCGACGCUCUGAUGGCGGCCCUUCUCGCCGUCCGGUUCGACGGCGUGACGGGCAAAGUCUCCUUCUCGUCCGAGCCGGCCACCCUCGGCGACCGCGCGGGUGGCGUCCUUUACGAUGUGAUGAACGUGAACGCGUCAGGCGCGUGGGUCAAGCUUGGCACCUGGCAGCCAGCCGACAACUGGGAGCAGAGCUUUGCCGGCAACGGUCAGGCGCUGACGAGGCCAACGCCCGACAACAGCAAGCCGCCAGAACUCGCGGGCGACACGCUGCGCGUCGGAGUCUUUUGUGAUAUUUCGCCAUGGUUCAUCGUGUACGAGAAAUGCCAGCAUGUGAUGCACAUCAUUGACCGGAUCAAUGACAAGAAGGACGGCUUCCUAGACGACUUACUUCCGGAUCACACGCUCUUCUACUCUAUGGUUCAGACAGGGACCACCGGCUGUGCCGAGUCUGAGGCCAUUCGACGCCAGUUCGAUCAGCUGUACUCCGACUUGAAUGGAGUAGUCGCCACCAUCGGCCCGUUCUGUUCGGAUGACGUGGCUGCUGUGACAGCCGCCGAGUGGCGCGCUGGAGCCGACAUCUCUACCGUCGUGCUCUCGCCGUCGUCGACGGCUCCGAUCUUGGCGAACGUGGGCGCAUACCCGAACCUGUUGCGCCUCUCGAGCAACGACAAGCACGUCAC